AUGAAGUACCAAGUUCAACAGCAAGUCCAUCCCAACCUUUCAGCCAAGGAAGAUUCCCUCUGUUACAUCGAGGAGUUAAUCCUUCAGCUGCUAAACAAGCUAUGCAUCGCACAGCCUCGGACUUUUCAAGAUGUGGAGGAGCGUGUUCAGAAGACCUUUCCUCACCCAAUUGACAAGUGGGCAAUCGCGGAUGCCCAGUCGGCUAUUGAAAAGCGAAAGAGAAGAAACCCUCUCCUCCUGCCAGUUGAUAAAAUACAUCCUUUGUUAAAGGAGGUUCUUGGUUAUAAAAUAGAUUAUAAUGUGUCCCUUUACAUUGUGGCUGUUCUGGAAUAUAUCUCUGCUGACAUCCUAAAACUGGCUGGCAAUUAUGUUUUCAAUAUUCGGCACUUUGAGAUCUCCCAGCAAGACAUUAAAGUAUCAAUGUGUGCAGAUAAGGUGUUGAUGGAUAUGUUUGAUCAAGAUGACAUUGGCUUGGUUUCUCUCUGUGAGGAAGAGCCCUCUUCUUCUGGUGAACUCCACUAUUACGAUCUUGUUAGGGCUGAAAUCGCAGAUGAAAGACAGUAUUUGCGGGAGCUGAAUCUGAUCAUAAAAGUAUUUCGAGCAGCUUUCCUCUCUAACAGAAAGUUGUUUGCACCUCAUGAUAUUGACAUGAUAUUUAGCAACAUCUCCGAUAUCCAUGAAUUGACAGUGAAACUUUUGGGAUUAAUUGAGGACACAGUGGAAAUGACCGAUGAAAGCAGUCCUCACCCCCUGGUCGGUAGCUGUUUUGAGGACCUCGCAGAGGAGCAAGCCUUUGACCCAUAUGAGACUUUGUCUCAAGAUAUCCUUUCGUCCCAGUAUCAUGAACAUUUUAAUACUUUGAUGGCUAAACCUGCUGUGGCACUACACUUCCAGUCAAUUGCUGAUGGUUUUAAAGAGGCAGUACAGUAUGUCCUUCCACGGCUCAUGUUGGUUCCUGUUUAUCAUUGUUUGCACUACUUUGAAUUAUUACAGCAAUUGCAAGAACGUAGCGAAGAUGAAGAAGACCGUGAAUGCUUGAAACAAGCCAUCACAGCUCUCCUGAAUCUCCAGUGUAGCAUGGAGCGCAUAUAUAACAAGCACUCACCGAGGCGCCGCCCAGGGGAGCCCGUGUUUUGGUUCUACAACCGCCAAGUGAGGAGCAAGCACCUGGCCAUUAAGAAGAUGAAUGAGAUCCAGAAAAACAUUGAUGGCUGGGAAGGCAAAGAUAUUGGCCAGUGCUGCAAUGGGUUCAUCAUGGAAGGCACCUUGGCCAGGGUGGGAGCCAAGCACGAGCGGCACGUCUUCCUCUUUGAUGGCCUGAUGAUCAGCUGCAAGGCCAACCACGGCCAGUCCCGGCUCCCAGGCUACAGCAGCGCAGAGUACCGACUCAAGGAAAGAAUCAUCAUGAGGAAGGUCCACAUCAUUGACAAAGAUGACACCUGUGAAUACAAGAACGCUUUUGAACUGGUCCCCAAAGACGAGAGUGGGUUCAUCUUUGCCGCCAAGUCCGCGGAAGAGAAGAGCAACUGGAUGGCAGCACUCAUCUCCCUCCAGUAUCGCAGCACCCUGGACCGAAUGUUGGACGCGGUGCUGUUGCAGGAGGAGAAUGAGCAGCCCCUGAGGCUCCCCAGCCCCAGCAUCUACCAGUUCGCCGUGGAAGACUCGGAGGAGAAUAUUGUUUUUGAGGACAACCUUCAGAGCAGAAAUGGAAUUCCCAUUAUCAAGGGCGGAACGGUGGUGAAACUCAUUGAAAGGCUAACUUACCACAUGUAUGCAGAUCCUAAUUUUGUACGUACUUUCCUUACCACAUACCGUUCCUUUUGUAAACCACAAGAACUCCUCAGUUUGUUAACAGAAAGAUUUGAAAUCCCAGAUCCUGAGCCAACAGAAGCAGAUAAGCUGGCAGUAGAGAAAGGGGAGCAGCCGAUCAGUGCAGACCUUAAAAGAUUUCGCAAGGAAUAUGUCCAGCCAGUGCAACUCAGGGUAUUAAAUGUGUUUCGGCACUGGGUGGAACACCAUUUUUAUGACUUUGAGAGAGAUCCGGAGCUUCUUGAUAAACUAGAGACCUUUAUUUCCAGUGUAAGAGGCAAAUCCAUGAAGAAGUGGGUGGAAUCCAUUGCAAAGAUUAUCCGGAGGAAGAAGCAAGCUCAUGCAAAUGGCAUUAGCCAUAACAUAACUUUUGAGAGCCCUCCUCCCGCAAUUGAGUGGCACAUCAGCCGCCAGUUUGAGACCUUUGACCUCAUGACGCUGCAUCCCAUAGAGAUUGCUCGGCAGCUGACCCUCCUGGAAUCUGAUCUGUACAGGGCUGUCCAGCCAUCGGAACUUGUUGGGAGUGUGUGGACAAAAGAAGAUAAAGAAAUCAACUCUCCAAAUCUACUGAAAAUGAUUCGUCAUACAACAAAUCUGACACUUUGGUUUGAAAAGUGUAUAGUGGAAACGGAGAACUUUGAAGAGCGAGUGGCUGUGUUAAGCAGGAUUAUAGAAAUCUUGCAAGUUUUUCAAGACUUGAAUAAUUUCAAUGGCGUGCUGGAGAUAGUCAGCGCAAUGAAUUCUGUCUCCGUGUACAGAUUAGAUCACACUUUUGAGGCACUGCAGGAAAGAAAAAGGAGAAUUUUGGAUGAAGCAGUAGAAUUAAGUCAAGAUCACUUUAAAAAAUACCUUGUUAAGCUUAAGUCAAUCAACCCACCUUGUGUGCCUUUCUUUGGAAUAUACUUGACAAAUAUUCUAAAGACAGAAGAAGGGAAUCCUGAUUUCCUUAAAAGACAAGGGAAAGGAUUAAUCAACUUCAGUAAGAGGAGGAAAGUGGCUGAAAUCACAGGAGAAAUCCAGCAGUAUCAGAACCAGCCUUACUGUUUACGGGUCGAACCAGACAUGCGGAGGUUCUUUGAAAAUUUGAAUCCCAUGGGAAACACUCCAGAGAAAGAGUUCACAGACUAUUUGUUCAACAAAUCUCAGGAGAUUGAGCCUCGGAAUUGCAAGCAGCCCACUAGAUACCCCAGGAAAACGACAUAUUCUCUGAAAUCUCCUGGAAUACGGCCUAACGCAGGCAGGCACAGCUCCACGUCUGGCACGCUGCGGGGCCACCCAACGCCCCUCGAGAAGGAGCCCUACAAGAUUAGUUUUAGUAGAAUUACUGAAGCAGAACAGGAGUCUGCGGCCUCGGCACCCACCUCUCCAAGCAUGCCCUCCACCCCGCCAGUGUCCGCCUCUUCGGAGCUCAGCGUGUUCCUCGACAUUGACCUCAGCAGCUCUUACGGCAGCAGCAACAGCAUCUUUGCUCCGGUCCUUUUGCCACAGUCAAAGUCGUUCUUCAGCUCCUGCGGGAGUCUGCAUAAGCUAAGCGAAGAGCCCCUGCUCCCUCCUCCGCUGCCUCCUCGCAAGAAGCUUGACCAGGACUCGUCUAACUCAAAGGGAGGCUCCAAAUCCGACGACGAUCCUCCGGCAGUGCCCCCCCGGCUACCCCCUCCCCCAAAGAUACAGCCACGGGCCCCGGCGUACACCAGUCUCUUUGAUCAGCCGCUGCAGAGCCCGCCGCCGCCGCCGCCGCCGAGAGACCCCCUGCCUGACACCCCUCCCCCUGUGCCUCUCCGCCCCCCAGAGCACUUUGUGAACUGCUCCUUCAACCUCCAGCCGCCCCCCAUGGGGCGCUUCCACAGAGACCCCGACCGGCUCCGCGAAGCCAGCACGUGCCCCAGCUCGCCCAGCACGCCGCCCAGCACGCCGUCGCCUCGGCUCCUGCGCCGCUGGUGCGUGCUCAGCCCCAGCGCCAACAGCCUCGCCGCGCCCCCGGUCCCGCCGCGCCAGAACUCCAGCCCUCAGCUCCCCAAGCUGCCACCAAAGACUUACAAGAGAGAGCUCUCCCACCCCGCCUUGCACAGACACUCGUUGCUCGAGAACGCGGAAGCGCCGCAAUGACCUUCCCCGCGGUAGUCCUGGACACUGGAAGCGUAGCUGUCGCGUCCCCACUCUCUUAAUUUAUUCCAGUAAGGCGAGUGUAUCUGCGUCUCGGACGAGGGCUCCUUGCACCCAGCGUGCCGCUGGCCCGGACUGACCCUCCUGCCUCGGAGCGGCAACAGCGGCUCCCGCGACCCUCCGCCCCGGCCUUUGUCCCGCUUCGACCGCUCACUCAGGGCAUCGGCAGCGCCGCCUUUCCCGCCUCUUCCUCAGUGCUGACGCUUUUGCCAGUACAAAGAAUACUGAUUUUUGCACUGUAAAUUAUGUAUGACGCUAACUUUAAACUGACAUCGGUUCAUUGCACUGAGCCAGAACUGGUUGCUGGUGGGAUUUCUACUUCCGAACUGGAGCACGAGCGGCCUUUUCUACCAUGUAUUUUUAAUGGGCACAAUCCACCGGGAAGUUACCCCGAGUCAGCCCCAUUGAAAUGAAUUGACUUCGACUUCCCAGUGGAUUGUGGCAAUCGCUGGUGGACUUCCAACCCAAGCAUGAACAUGUAUAUCAGGUUCCUGAUUUUUUAAAGCCUCUUUGGCUCCUUGCCUUUCAGAAAAAAACAGAAAGAGCAGGGUUUGUGAAUGACCCUUACUGCUGUUCUCAAAUGUUAGUCAAUACCGUGUCUUAAUUUCCAUUGAUUUUGCUGCUGAAGAUGAAAAACGGCAGGUGACCGAAGGCGGGGUGUGCGGCCAGUGCUCCGGUUCCGUGAGUGAGAUAGGAGCUCCCUCCACCAGUCGCUCGAGGACUGUUCGGCCUGUGCCAGGUUCAGUUGUGCCUUUUUUAUUUGGGCAGAGCGGAGUGUCUUAAGCUAAAUCGUUGCCUGCUGUCUCAGUGAACAAAGCUAUUACGCCAUAUUCUGUACAUACUCUGUUUAUAGUGUAUAUUUACAGAUUAAUAGCCUGUAUACAUUUCUGUGAUCCGAGGCCUCUUCUGCAGUCCCGUGCACCAUAUGCUGUUGUAAGUAUUUUCCUACCUUCCAGGAACAAAACGUUGCCUUCCAGACUCAAAACAAAUCCCCUUUACUUCCUCACUUCUGUUUCAUUAAGGGGUCCCUUUUGGAAACACGGUGUUUAAACCAGCAGACGCCGAAGAACUUUAUUUGGACUUUUUGAAACUUAAAAAACAGACCUUCCUUUUUCCAGCGAAACUCACAGUGUUUAGUCAAAGCUGGCACAUGACACAGGUCUGGUUUAAGUACUGUAGAAUCCAGAAGCCUUCUCUCGACUGGUCUGUGGCCUUUUACCGUGCUUUGUAUCAGAGUUCUUAACCAGAUUAAUAAAUCAAACUGGUCUUAAUUUUUAA